AUGGGUACGGAAAAGCACAAUGUCGCCCAGCGCGAUGAGGAAGCGGAGGAGAUUAGAGAUGUACGCCAACAGAAGUUAGACGCCGAAGCAGCAAACGCUCAAGCUGUUGCUGCCGCCGCACAGCUACCCGGACCACCCAACGCCAACGCACUACCUCUCGACCCGAACCAGCUUCUCUCGGUCCUCGGCCUCCUCAGCGGCCAACCUCAAGCUACGCCAACAGCACCGGGACAGCCUGGGGCCACGGGAUUGCCUCCGAACAAUAAUGCCAACGUACCAACAGUCACAAUCUUUGUGACGGUGACGCCCCCGGCUGCGGCACAGACCGUAGUGAUUAUGGUCCCGACAACAGUUACGGUGACUGCGACACCAGCAGCGCCGCCUCCAGUUAAUCAGCCUCCUCCUCCUCCACCACCAGCUCCGCCAGUCCAACCAUCAUCACCACCGCCGCCACCGCCGCCAGCGAUGAGCACGCCGCCGCCCCCUCCUCCACCUGUGGUUGCGCCUCCACCUCCUCCUCCAGCUAGUGGGCUUACUAUGCCUCUCGUCGGAUCCAGUCCGGUCCCUAUGCCGGCCCCAGUGGCUUCCAUGUCUGCCCCCAUGUCUUCAGCGUCAUCAACAGGUACUCCCAAGGGAGCGGGCGGUACUCCCACAGCCGUUGUCUUACUGGGUGUCUUUGGAGGUGUUGGUACGCAAAAUCUUCUGAAUCUCAUUCUGCGAUUGUCAGCUAAUAAGGAGCCCAGCUGGCGUGUCACUCUUGGCAAUGGGAGCAUUUGUGUAUGGCUUGAUGAGAAGACGCAAGAACAAGACUGUGGCAGAGAGCAUGCAGAUUGGAAGGCCGAUGCCCUCCUGAUUUCUUCAACAAAAUCAGUGACGCAUGGUGCUGUAGACUUUUUACCAGAUCAUUAG